AUGGAUCUAUUCAACCUGACCCUGGAAGAGGAGCUCCCCUCACCCCACCCCCUGCCUUUGGACCCCUGCUCACUGUACUCCAAUUCCAGCACCCUGCCAGCCUCCCCCACCUCCCCUACCUCCCCGCGUUACAACUUCUAUGCCAUGCUCCUGGUGCUGCUCAUUUUCUGCGUGGUCUUCGGCAAUGUGCUGGUGUGCGUGGCCGUCUCCCGUGAGCGGGCCCUGCAGACCACCACCAACUACCUCAUUGUUUCUCUGGCCGUCUCUGACCUGCUUCUGGCAACGCUGGUCAUGCCUUGGGGCGUCUACCUGGAGGUCGUGGGAGAGUGGAGAUUCAGCCUCAUCUGCUGUGACAUCCUUCUCACCCUAGAUGUCAUGAUGUGCACAGCCAGCAUCCUCAACCUCUGUGCUAUCAGUAUUGACCGGUACACGGCUGUGGCCAUGCCCCUCCUCUACAACACAAGGUACAGCUCCAGGAGGAGGGUGGUGCUCAUGAUCACCGCGGUGUGGUUCCUCUCCUUUGCUAUCUCCUGUCCCCUGCUGUUUGGCCUCAACAACACAGCCACCAGGGAAGUGUGGAAGUGCAGCAUUGCUGACCCAGCCUUCGUUGUUUACUCCUCCGUUGCCUCCUUCUACGUUCCGUUCAUCGUGACCUUGCUGGUAUAUGCACAGAUCUGCGUGGUCCUGCGCAGACGAGGCAGACGCACAGACCUGCCACGCAGACAAGCUCUACAUGCACAGGCAGGGAUGGAGGAGGGGGAGGGACAGCGGCAGAGGAAGAACAAGUGUACCCACCCUGAAGAUGUGAAGCUCUGCACUUUGAUAGUCAAGCCCCCCACAGUAGCCCCAGCCCGCAAGAAGGUGACACUGGUGAAGGAGGCUGUGGUCCAUCCCCUGGAGGGGGAACCUGUUCGAUUCCUAGCCCAAGAUGACCAGACCCAACAGCAGCCUGCUCGGCCCAAGAUAUCACUUUCUGUCUCGGUCACUCCAACACCCCAACUCGUACCCACAAUCCAGUCGUCCCUUGUGACAAAGCGAGCUUUUGAGGAGAGGAGGAGGGGGAAGAAGGACUGGAGGGAGAAGGGCCGGGACAGGCUGGACAAGGGAGAGCUGGCAAAAGAGCGGGUCAGGGGGAGGUUGUCCCAGCAAAAAGAGAGGAAGGCAACUCAGAUGCUGGCCAUUGUUCUGGGUGUGUUCAUCAUCUGCUGGUUGCCUUUCUUCUUGACCCAUGUGCUGCGCGUGCACUGCAGCAGCUGUUGCAUCUCGCCGUCGCUCUAUAGUGCUGUCACUUGGCUGGGCUACCUCAACAGCGCUGUCAAUCCUGUCAUCUACACCACCUUUAACACUGAGUUCCGCAAGGCAUUCAUCAAGAUUCUGCACUGCUGAUGACGGUCCACAGAGCAUGAAGAUGGGAUAACCGGUUUCUCUACACUUCGUAAUGUAAAAAGGGAGAGAAAGAAGUAAUUCAUUCAGUCUCACUCACUCAAUUUCCUUAGCUGCUGGCUCAAGUCAGGGUCAUGAUGAUCUGAAGCCUAUCCCAGAAACACAGAA